AUGCAGGACAACUUCCAUAUGGUCGACGGCGUUUUAAUCCGUAAAGAAUCAGGCCCACCUUACUACGAGCCGCUCAAACCGAGUCCCCCCUCGACGAUCCCGCCGUUGAAUCCCGCCAGAGCAUUGGGAGAUCGAAAGUCCAGCUCGUCCCCAAUCCCGGGCAGAAGCCCCCCAACUAUGACAGGCUUGGCAAACGGCUUCCAUGCUAUAGGCUCGGAGAAGCAAAGCCCAAACAGCAACGUCCCCUGGACCGAGCACCUUGAAAACAUCAAGAACCAGAACAGUCCUCCUCCACGCCCACCCCCACCUCGACCACAAUCGAACCCACAAUCCCCAAUCUCAACCCGCACCUCGCUCCUCACCAGGUCAUGGAGCCCCCGGUCGUCCACUGACACUUCCGGCUUCAUCCUACAGCAACCACUCGCACAACAACCCGCGACGGGUCCCGGAGGCGGCGGCGGUGGCGGCGGCAGUAUGAACCGUGACGCGCAGCAGGAGAAGCUGGCCCAGGAGCUGAUGGAAUGCCAGCAGCAGCUCGAAAAGACGCGGCAGGAGUUCGAGGCGCAGCGGGUGGCGCUGCUGAAAGAAAUCGCCGAGCUGCAGACGCAGGUCCGGCUCAAGAAGAAGCAGCAGGUCGGGGUGAGGCGGGCCGCGGAGAAGGCGGCCGAGCUAGAGAUCAUGACGCAGCAGCGCCGGUUCGAACAAAAGAUCGCCGAGCUCGAGCUCGAGUGGAAGCUGCGUGAGGAUGCCAUCUGGUCGCAGUUUUGGGAGAUGCGCGAGUCGGAUCUGGCCGAGAGCAACCGCCAGUGGGACAAGAGGGAGAAGAGCAUCAAGGAGGAGUGCAAAACCUAUCUUCGGCAGGCCGAGCAGGCCAACAACGAGAUCCGGUCGCUCGUCGAGAAGCUCGAGUCGGAGCUGGGUCGCGAGCAGGAGCAGCGGCGAAAGCUGGAGGUCGAGGCCAAGGAGAGGAGCAAACUGUUGACAAGGGCACACAAGGAGUUUGAGCAGGAGAGCGAGACCGAGCGGGGCAAUCCGUCCGAAGGAGGUAGCAACUUUCACACAGCUGGGCAACCUGAAUCGAGCAGUAGAAAGGACAAGGUAAACGAGAUAAUCGUGGAGCCUGCCGCCCCUCCCAAGCCUCAGCCUCACCACACCUCGGACGAGGCCUUGGUUGCGUCCAUCAAAGCGUUGAGGAGAGCCAUACGAGAAUUCGUAAGAAUCUUCCUCGAGGCUCCAAAAGAAAGGAUUAUCCACCCCUCACAAAUUCAACCUGGCCGCUCUACCGCCAGCAUGAACAACUACGCUGGCGUCUUGGGCUGUGUUUCUCUUUCUGGCCAGCUUAAGGACGCGGCGCACCUUAUCUACACCCAAGAUUUCCACACCUUUAUGGAGGCGCUGCUCUGGAAGUAUUUGGAAAACCGAGUUCUCGGAAAUUUUAUUUGGGCUGGUCGCGCGUCGAGGCAUCUGCAGGGACUAUUCUCAGUUCUUCAAGACGGGACCCCAGAGGUAAAACAAGAUUUCCAUCAUUGGCGAUUCUCCACCACGAGGCUCAUCCUCGCCGCUGCAGGAGAUCGGACGGCCGUCGAGGUAGAAUAUCAGACCAAGAGGGACGCAGCCAUCGCCGAGAUCUGGUCACUCACCGAGGGAACCAAGUCCAAGGCUGACGAUUUUGACGAUUAUCUACUGAGGAUCGGCCAGCUGGUCGACCAGGCCGCGGCGCUGGACAAGGAGAUAUAUCUACGGCCGUACAUCACAACCUGGAGGGAGUGUCACCCGGACACCCACCCGAACUUUGACCCCAUGCUCAUGACCCUGCCGGACGGCGAGGUGCCGCCGCCAGAGCUCAACCCCAAGGUCGUGCUGAUGGUCUUCCCAGGCCUGGCGAGGGAAGCCCUCGAAGAGGCCGGCGAGGACGAGCUCCUGCUCCAUCUGGAGGUGCUGUGCAAAGUCGGGCCCCUCGGGCAAGAGCACGAGGACACGGCCCCGGGUGUGCUCCAGGGUGCACCCCAGGGGCUGCCCCAUAGACAGCCGCCGGAGCGCCCGCAGAGCGAGCCGGCGGCGCCAUUCUUUAGCAAAAAGGGUCUUCAACAGGUUGCGGCGAUGUGCUUUGAGGCCGACGAUGGCGGCCCUAGGCGUAGGAGGAGCGUAGGUGGGAUUUUGAAGAGAGUUUGGGUGUACGGGCAGCCGGCAACCGUUCAGGGCCCGCCGCGCUAA